AUGCGUAAGCGGAGACGUCUGUCCCGUCUACUCGAUAAACUUGCUGUGCAAAUAAGUAACAAUAAUCACUAUCCGCUACCUCAUUGGCUAAUGCUCGACACUCCCUGUUACGAACCGAAGGCGCCUGAAGACGUACCUCUCGAUCUUUCUCUCAAAUCUGAGGCAUCGAAAUCUUCUAAUGAAACGUCCGGAUAUAUGUGUGACACUUGCGGCCAGACGUUUGCCGUACACGACCGUCUUGCCAAACAUGUUGCUUCUCGGCACAGAGACAAGGCUCCUGAAGCUGCUCGAGCCUACGAGUGCGAAAUAUGUCGCCGUAGAUUUGCCCGUUCCGACAUGUUAACCCGACACGCACGUCUUCAUAGCGGCGUAAAACCCUACUCGUGCUCUGCAUGCGGACAAGUGUUUUCGCGCUCAGACCAUCUGGCUACUCAUCAACGAACUCACACGGGUGAGAAGCCCUACCGUUGUCCAGCUUGCCCAUACGCUGCAUGUCGUCGUGACAUGAUUACCCGACAUAUGAGGACACAUUCACGUAAACCACAGCCAACAGAAAUU